UUUCUCUAGGGCUUAAGAGGAGCAAAUCCCAAACCUUCACAUCUAAAUGCUCGGAGAAGUCCCAGUCUACACACAAUCUCUUCCCGGCUCUAAAUCUCUUUCAAUUCAGGUUAAGCUUCUCUUUUUAUUACAGAUUAUAGGGAAUGAUCUCCCACUGUAUUUCUACGGUUAUCCUUUUAACACAUUUUGCUCUUUCUAGCUAGGGUUAUUUUCUCUGGUUUCAUGGGGUCAGGAAACAGCUGUCUUGGGUUUUUCGGUUGGAGUCAUCCCCAGACCAAAUCUUUGCUAUGUUUUCUUACAGAAGCUCACAGUUGUCCCUAGCCUGGGCACCUAAACCUUGGAGCAGCUAUCAAGAGAAGCUGCCUUUCGAUGCUGAGUGGCCGGGAUAAGCCUGAAGAUUGUCUUCUCAAAGUUCAUUGAAGGCCAGAAGGAGCAUCACCUUGAUCAUCCAAAGCCAAAGAGGAAAACCAUUUCGCUGAGCAUGAUGUCCUACAUCAAGCAACCACAUUAUGCCGUCAACGGGUUAACUUUGGCCGGACCUGGGAUGGAUUUAUUGCAUUCAGCUGUUGGAUACCCCACGACUCCACGGAAGCAGAGACGAGAGCGCACCACCUUCACGCGGGCCCAACUAGAUAUCCUGGAGGCCCUGUUUGCAAAGACCCGCUACCCGGAUAUCUUCAUGCGCGAAGAGGUUGCCCUGAAGAUCAAUCUGCCUGAAUCCAGAGUCCAGGUGUGGUUCAAAAACCGCCGGGCCAAAUGUCGCCAGCAGCAACAACAGAGCAGUGGACAGGCCAAAGCCCGGCCGGCUAAGAAGAAAAGCUCUCCGGCCCCUGAGACCAGUUCCGAAACCAGUGCCAAUGGGCAGUACAGUCCUCUGCCCACCGGCACCUCGGUGGCCCCCAGCUCGAGCGCCAGCGCCACCGUCUCCAUCUGGAGCCCGGCUUCCAUCUCGCCGCUCCCAGACCCACUGGCUUCCUCCACCACCCCCUGCAUGCAGAGGUCAGCUGCCUUCCCCAUGACCUACACCCAGGCGCCGGGUUACACCCAGACCUACGCUGGCUCGACUUCCUACUUCAGUAGCCUUGACUGCAGCUCCUACCUGUCUCCUAUGCACCCUCAGCUCUCCGCACCUGGCGCAGCCCUGAGCCCCCUGGCCACCCCAACCAUGGGCAGCCAUCUGAGUCAGUCCCCGGCUACCCUCUCCAGCCAGGGCUACAGCGGCGCAGGCAUGGGCUUCAGCUCGGUGGAUUGCCUGGACUACAAAGACCCCACCGCCUCCUGGAAGCUCAACUUCAAUGCCGCCGAUUGCUUGGAUUACAAAGAUCAAAGUUCUUGGAAGUUCCAGGUCUUGUAAAUGGCAGGCCUGGAGACCCGCCUAGGAGGAAGCUCUCAUUUUGCCUCGAUCUUGUCUUGGUGGGUCAACCAUUCUCUUCUCUCCGCUCUUGAACUGAGAUAUUCUGCCUCUUUGCUCAAUCUUCUCGUCUUUUCCUUUUCCCUUUCCC